AUGGACGGCUGCGGCCAAAUGCAGUCACGUAUGGGCACACCGACGAACACGAUGCACAUGCAGCAUGGCGCCAUAGGCAGUCCAUCUGUGUGUGGCGGACCAGUGACUCCACAACAAAUGGUGCAACAACAGCAACAGGGUAUAGUUCAAGGCCAGCCGACAGCCGCAGGGCAGUAUGAUCACGGUGGAGCAUUUACACAACAGCAAAUACAGCAGGGAUUUACUCAGGGUAUCUCUGAAAGUCCAGGAGCAAUGCAUAUGCAGCAACAACAGAUAAUGAGUGGUGCUGGGGUGCAAGGUGAUGUCUCUCCUGGAAUGUAUGUGAGACAGCAGCAGCAGCAACAACAACAACAACAACAACAACAACAGCUAAUGGGUCAACAGCAGCCUUUGAUAAGCCAGCAGAUGGUUGUUCCCCAACAAAUGGGUAUGAUGGGUGGAAACCAGCAGUACUACACUCAGCAGGCUUCGCAGUCACAGUGGACAUCCCAGCAGCAGCAAAUGCAACCAGCACAUUUUGUGCGUCAACCGCAGAUGAUGAAUGGAGCGCCUGUUCAGCGUGUGAUGAUUCAACGUGUACCGUAUCCGCCCGGCACAGGAGGAUGGAUAUUCGUACUACGGGUUCCUUCCGAAAUUCGAGAUGCUAUUUCGUCGGUGAAAAAUCGAAGAGCAACAGGUCCGGAUAAGGUAAGAUCUGAGCAUCUGAAGAACCUUCCGCCGUUCUUCGUAAACACGUUGGGUUGUCUCUUCACACGUUACGUGUCUGAAAAAACUGACUGA